AUGUCCAGCGACGCCGCAGCUUGCGCCCCGGGGACGUGGGACGCUGGCUCGGUGCGAGAGGAGGGUCGGCGCUCUGAUGACGUCAUGGACGCGGCCCGGGGGUGCAGUCCGGGCGCGCUGAAGCGCCCGGCGGAGCUCACGACGCCUGGCACCGCCACGCGCCCGCCGGACGAGGCCGCUGCGUGCGACGUCGCGACGGACCCGGUCGCCGCGCACAAGCCGCAGUUCGACGGCGCUGGGCCUGGGAGUGGGCGCCCCGGGCGAGAGGUCGACGUGGGAAGCACGAAGAAGCGGCUGCGCGCGUCCCCGGCCGGCGCGCGGCCGACGCAGCGGGCCCGCGGCGCGUCUACCGUGACGGCGCGCUGGGAGCGGCUGGCGCCCGCGGGCAGCGCCCCCGCGGGUCGCUGGGGCGCGGCGGCGUGCGCGAUCGAGGGCGGCGUUGUGUUGCUGGGCGGCGCGAGCGCGCGGGAGGAGAACAUGCCCGACAUGUGGGAGCUGGGCUGGGACGGGCGGCGGUGGGCGUGGAGCGAGAAGGAGGGGCUCGACCGCGGCGGGCGGGCGUGGCACAGCCUCUUCCACUGCACCUCGCCCGAGGGCCCGCAGCUCAUGACCUACGGGGGCGAGCGGGCCGGCACCGCGCACGAGGGGCAGGAACAGGGCGAGUGCCAGGUGCUGCCGGACGUGGGCGUGUACGACAUGGACGCCGAGCUGUGGUACUACCCGCCCUUCCGCGGCCCGGAGGGGGACGCGUUGCCGGCCCGCCUGGGCCACUCCACGGCGGUGACGGACGACGGGCGCGUGCUGGUCUGGGGCGGCAUCGACGGAGGAGACGGCAAGUUCAAGAACGACAUGUUCUUCUUCAACCCGACCACGCUGUCGUGGCAGCGGCCGGCGAAGGGCGAGCUCCGCGGCGCCCCACCGAAGCCACGCGCGUACCACUCGUGCACUGUGGUCGGGCGCCGCGCGGUCGUCAUGGGCGGCACGGGUGUGCGCACCUGGUCGAUGCGCGAGGUCUACUCGUACGACCUGGACACGCAGAAGUGGACGGAGCACACGGGCAGGGUCGAGGGCGAGGCGCCCGCGCAGCGCCACGGCCACGCGGCGGCCGCGGUCGGCAGCGACAAGGUGGUCGUGUUUGGGGGCAUGUGCGCGGACCCGGAGGAGUACUUCGGCGACCUGGCGCUCCUCGACACCGCCUCCUGGACGUGGCGCACCGUGCCGGUUGAGGGGGAGGCUCCGUCCCCCCGCGCGGGGCACAAUCUGGUGCCCGUGGAGACGGUCGAGGGGGGCGCUGCGUUCGUGAUGUUCGGCGGCCGCCUCGCGGACGACACCGUGUGCAACGACGCGUGGCUCCUGCGCCUCGAGGGCGCGGAGUGA